CUCAUAGGAUCUAAUGUGUCACAAAAUAAAAAACUCAAUUAAGCAGUAUAAAUAUGGGCCGUGUCAGUUUAUAGUUGUUAUCAAAAGCCCAUUUCUUUCUUCUUUAACUUUCCGGCCGUACCAAAUUAUGGCACCCAAACUUCCAUUAUCAAUACCACUCUACGAAAUAAAGCAUCGAAACACCAGAAUAUCCAAAGCAGUAGAACUCAUCAUUCUCUGCCUUCUCCUAUCACUCAUUACCUACAGACUCAUUUCCCUCAACAGCCAUGCCGCCGCCACCGCCGCCGCCUCCGCCGCCGGCGGCUUCUUAUUAUUCCCUUGGCUUCUGGCUCUCAUCUGCGAGUCUUGGUUCACUUUCCUCUGGAUUCUCAUAGUCAACUCUAAGUGGAAUCAAGUCGAUACCCACACCCACCCUGAACGCCUCUUGCAACGGGUGAAAGAUGGGACGGUUGAGCUUCCUGCGGUGGACAUGUUCGUGACCACGGCGGAUUCAGACUUGGAACCGCCGAUUCUAACUGUAAACACGGUGCUGUCUCUGUUGGCGGUGGACUAUCCGGCGAGCAAGUUGGCCUGUUAUGUGUCCGACGACGGCGCGUCCCCUCUCACCUUUUACUCUCUACUCCAAGCAGCCGAAUUCGCCAAACUGUGGGUCCCCUUUUGCAAGAAGUUUAACGUCGCCGUUAGAGCUCCUUUUCAAUAUUUCAAUAAUGGCCCAGAAUACGGCUCCUUAGAAUUCCAACAAGAGUGGCAAAAAAUAAAGGAUGAAUAUUCCAUCUUGUGUGCAAAAAUAGAAGAUGCGAGUAAAGAAUCUAUGAUCUUUGAUCUUACUGGCGAGUUUUCAGAGUUCACAAAUAUCGAGAAGAGAAACCACCCCGCCAUUAUAAAGGUAAUCUUGGAAAACAUAGUAUCACUCCCUGAGGGAGAAGGAGUUCCAAAUAUAAUGUACAUCUCCCGAGAGAAGCGUCCUAAGCAUCCACAUCAUUAUAAAGCUGGAGCCAUGAAUGUUUUGACAAGAGUGUCGGGAGUGAUGACGAAUGCACCAUUUAUGGUAAAUGUGGAUUGCGACUGUUACGUGAAUGAUCCAAAAGUGGUGAUGCGUGCAAUGUGCAUACUCUUGGGAGUAGAGGAUGAAAAAGACGCUGGAUUUGUCCAAUUUCCUCAGAACUUCUAUGGUGCAUUGGAAGAUGACCCAUAUGGAAACCAAAUGAAAGUCUUGAUGAAAGUCAUGGGGUCGGGCAUUGCUGGGAUUCAAGGGCCGUUUUAUCAAGGAACGGGAUGCUUUCAUAGAAGAAAGGUUAUAUACGGCUCAUCCCCAAAUCUGUGCGGAGAGAGUGACAAAGAGAUGAAGUUGGAAAGAUUCGGCAAAUCAAAAGACGCAUUCGUUUGGUCAGUUGCUCAAAUCUUAUCAUCAUCACCAUCACAAUCGGGCGAGACCUCCCCAAUCUCUUUGAGUUCCUUACAAGUUGCUAGCCAAGUUGCACAUUCUACUUACGAAUUUGGCACCAGUUGGGGUCACCAAGUUGGGUGGAUAUACGGAUCUGCAACAGAAGACAUCCUCACCGGAUUAACUAUCCAUAGAAAGGGUUGGAGAUCCGCCAAUUGUGAUCCCAAGCCUUCUUGUUUUCUUGGCUGUGCACCGGCAGGUGGGCCGGCGGCAUUGACCCAACAAAAGCGAUGGGCCACUGGGAUCAUGGAAAUAUUCACCAGCAUGAAUAGCCCGAUCAUGGGCACCCUUUUUGGCAGGCUCAAGUUCAGGCAAUGCCUUUCCUAUUUAUGGGUUAUGGCGUGGCCCAUUCGGCCCAUAUUCGAAUUGUCCUACUCCCUCCUCCCUGCUUACUGCAUCUUCACCAAUUCUCACUUCCAACCAAAGGUAAAUGAAGGCGCCACCAUUGCAAUACCUUCUUCCAUCUUCAUCCUCUACAACUUGUACACUUUGUUUGAGUACGUUAACGCCGGAGAGUCGAUUCGUGCUUGGUGGAACAACCAAAGGAUGCAAAAGGUUACCUCUUCUGCAUCAUGGUUGUUUGGGUUCUUGAGUGGGAUUGUUAAGGUUGUCGGGUUCUCCGACACGGCGUUUGAGGUGACCAAGAAAGAGCAUUCGAGUGAUGGUGUUGUUGCAAAUAAGGAGCAGUAUGAUGCCGGAACGUUCACUUUCGACAAUUCUCCCUUGUUUAUUCCUGGUACAACCAUUCUGCUGGUGAACAUUGCAGCUCUGUUCGUUGGGCUUGUGGAUUAUAUUACAAAAGAGAAGGUGGGUUGGAGUUUGGGGGAGGUAAUUUGCAGUGUGUGGGUGAUAUUAAUGUAUUGGCCAUUUCUCAAGGGCUUGUUCCGAAAGGGGAAAUAUGGGAUUCCACUGCCCAUUAUUCUCAAGUCUGGAGGGUUGGCAUUGCUUUGUAUCCAUGCUUGCAAGUUCAUUCACUAAAUUAUGUCGCUAUUUUAAUUGAAUAAUAAUUGGGGAACCCCACCAUAUUUCUGUCUAUAAUUGUUAUGAAUUGCGCACUCAAGUAUGUCAUUGAUUGAAUUAUGGGGGACUUUUGUUGUUUUCCUAUUUGAAUGUAAAAUUUUUUUUAUAGAUGUCCUCCGUCCCCAAUUUCAUUACAAAUUGAAAUUUACGAAGAAAAAUGUCUCACUUUU